UGUCAUCGACAGCGAUACAUCGGCAUCUCUACUCCACACAGCCAUGUCGCUCAGAGACAAGUCAUGCUACACGCUCACCAUACACGCCUCCAGCACAGACCCUGCCGUCCUCCAACUCGUGGAGUCAAUGGGCCCAGCAACAGGCUACGAAGAGCCGCGGUACGCCCGUGUAAAGGAGACGAGACACGAUGAGAGCUAUUCUUCUGCCAUCUACGAUGUCUUGUCAGGAGCCAGACUUGCUUCUGCAGGGUACACUAUAGAGAAAGCCAAAAAGAGACGGCUGCAACUACACGGGCCAGAUGAAGAUAUCCCUUUUGAUUUCACAGGAAAGAUUAACUUUGAAUGGUCAUUCAUCUUCGAGGGCAACAAGUAUCGAUGGCGCCGCGAGAUAUACGGCAGAGACUAUAUCUGCACAAUGGACCGCAAGCCCGAUCCACCUGUUGAAAUAUGCCUAGCAAGAGAAGCGGAUAAGAAGGAGCCCGCAAAAAUACAGAUAUUGCACUACAAUAUCGAUCGUUUUCCUAAUGAAAUCAAGGACCUUCGAGGACUUGAGACUUUGCUCGUAGCUAGUUUGUUAUGCCUUUUAGACGCAGGUGAAGAUCGGAGCACCACAUUAUCUUCAAAGUUAUCCAAAUCAGCAUCCGCACCCUCCCCUCCGUUACCUUCCAAGGACUCUCCGCCCGUCCCUGAGAGGGUUAUAAGCGAAGAAGAUUUCGAGCCUGAAAACCCGAAUGAAAUUAUCGUGGGGAAGAAUACCAGUAUCGAUGAUCACAUUGCGCGAGCUGUGGGCCUCCUCGAAGAUCCAGAGACGCUUUUCAUCGUUAUCCGUACACGAUCACCAGAGGCGCAUCAACGUGCAUUAGAAGUCUCCCUAGGUGUCAAGCGCUUCCGACAUCAUGAAAACCUGUCUGAUCUGCAUCAAUACAUUAUCGAAGAUACAUCCCCUUCCCCGCCCAGCCAGCGGCAGAGUACGAGACCCGGUCCGAGAGUGAUCAACUUGGAUGAUGAACCGACAUCAUCGUCCUCACCCGCCUCCUCCUCCUCAUCCUCCUCCCUAAGACGCAAAUUGACCCGAACAAAAACAAAAACCCAAACACAAACACAGAAAGAGUCAUGGACCCCACCUCAAAAUAUCGCGAUAUACCUCUCCACCAUCGUCCUUCCAGACCUUAACCCCGGUCGGAGGGCGUCUUCGUCUUCAUCCAUGAAGAAUUCUUAUCCAUAUUCGAAUGAGAGGAAUGGGCAUGGGCAUGGACAGGUAAAUGGGGGCGGUGGGAAGAUGAUGAUGUUUGGUGGGGAAGAAGGCUCAACGUCAAUGUCGACCUCGGCUGCUGCUGGAAAACAAGCCGUGGGAGGUUCGCACGCGGCCGGGUCGAGUGGGAGUGAGAACGGGUCUGCGGUCAAGUCGUUCCGUGGGUCAUUGGGUAAAAAGCUCUUCAGGUCAUCUUCAUGAAAAAAGAUAUCGUCAUCAAGAUCCUUCAUCAAAAUCCCAGUCUGUAACUCCACCCCCAACAGCUGGCGACUUCAUGCGCUUCAUGGAAAAUUGUUCGGUCAGAGUUGUGGAUCACUGAAACUGUUAGAAAGUAGAACCGAUAACACAUGCAUUUUAUGU